AGCGGAUUACCGACCGUGUUUGUAACCUUUUUAGCAGGAAUAAGAAGACUGAAAGUGGCCACCUGUGCCUUUUAUUCGCCAAAAGCCAGCUGAGGUCCCACCGGGUAUCCUCCACCCUAUUCUCGUUCAUUGGCAUCAUCUGUUGCCUGUGCAGCUCUGUAAUAACUGUCACAUUGACCACUUCAAAAGACCUGCCACCUCACACCCCAUACAUUCACCAGCCGUUUCUCCUUCCUAAUCUAAAGCUGCGUACCUUCGCCCUCCCGAAUUCUUCAUAGCCUACCCCGCCAACAUGUUCAACCCCAACUACUACGACGAAGACGACCCCAUGUCGAUGUACCAGCAAAGCAUGUUACGCCGCGGAGGCGGGGCCCGCCGCUUCGACGAGUACUUCCGCUGCUACCCUAUCGCUAUGCUACCGGGACCAGAUCGUGUGGAGGCGAACCAUGGCGGCAAGGUGUUCCUGCCACCUAGCGCCCUCGACAAACUGACGAGGCUGCACAUCACCUAUCCCAUGCUGUUCGAGCUCAUCAACGGAGCUAGGGAUGGGAAGAAGACGCAUGCGGGUGUGCUAGAAUUCAUUGCUGAGGAAGGCAAAAUCUAUCUUCCGUACUGGCUCAUGCAGACACUACAGGUCGAACCCGGCGAUCUCCUGCAAGUCAAAUCGACCGACAUCCCCCUUGGAACCUUCAUCAAGCUGCAGCCGCAAGACCCCUCCUUCCUCGAGAUAUCAGACCCCAAGGCUGUGCUGGAGAAUGCUUUCAGGAACUUCUCGUGUCUUACUACCGGCGACGUUUUUACCUUCGCAUACAACGAUAAUGUAUACAGCAUCGCUGUUCUAGAGACCAAGCCGCCGCAUCCGAGCAGCGCAAUAUGUACUCUCGAAACCGAUCUCUCCGUCGACUUCGCGCCACCAGUCGGAUACGAAGAGCCGAAACGGACAAGUGGAACGAGUACACCACGGAGCGGUAAGGGUGUCAUGGCAGGCAAGGGAGGGAUGUUGCACUCGCACGGAUCUAUGGCACAAGCCAUCAACUAUGCCGCCAUCGCCCCUUCUGCAACAAGCGCUGCAGACGGCGCGAAGGCAGUAUCCUCGCAUUUCCUCACAUCCGGGCAUAAGUUGAAUUCAAAGAAGGGGAGCAAGGCGCCCACACCCCAGGCUUCCACGCCCGUCGCUGGCACAUCCACAAACGCACUUCCCCCAACAGUGCGGAGGACAAACGGGCCCCAGCCACUGAGGCUAGCACUCGGAAAGCUAUUCUUUGGCUACGAUAUCAUCCCUGUGAAGGGCAAGAAUGUUGAGGGAGAUGAUGACAACUCGAAAAACUUCGAAGGACAAGGUCAAACGCUGCGGAAGAAGAAGGGCGACAAAUGAGCGACCUAAAGAUGGAUGGUUUGCGAUAAUAGCACAGCACCCGCAGCUCAUUGAGAUCAAGCAUGGGUGUAAGCAUGCAUUUCAUGGCGCUAACACAAGACCCGGAUGGCCUGGCGCGCGGAGUUAAGGGACGGAAUGGCAAGUGGAUCAAUGACGGAUCAGUAUAGCUUCCUUCGCAUGAUCUCAUCUGGGAAUGGAAUCCAGGCUUUGCCCAUUUUGCUUUCACCUCAGCGGAGCAAGCUGUCGUAUCCUACUAAAAUAUUCAGAUGACGAAGAUGAAUCCAUGGGUGAAUAUGUGAUAUUGAUGACUGAAUGCUAUCGCAUAGCAAAGCAUACUAUGG